GGGUGUUGAGAUUUGAGUCAUCUGACCGAACAGGUGACCGGUGUCGGACCAGCAAGUCAACUUUCUUUGUCACAGAACGGAGUUUAAUCAUGCGUGGGUUGAUCUGUGGACCAAAACUCGCCGCGUGUGGGAUCGUAUUGAGCACGUGGGGAGUUAUAAUGUUGGCCAUGCUGGGGAUUUUCUUCAGCACUCAUUCAGCAGUGCUAUUAGAAGACGUGCCUGUGACAGAUGACAGCAUCCACCAAGAUGGGAACCCUGACAGAAUCUACAACCUGUACAACAAGGUGGGCUACAACUGCUUCAUAGCAGCAGCUAUUUACGUCCUGUUUGGAGCCUUCUCCUGCUGCCAGAUGAAGCUCAACAAGCAGAAGGAGUACCUGGUGCACUAGCGCCACCUGCUGUACCGAGGAGCUCCCAGCAGCAGUGUUUUGGACGCUUUGUGAGGGCAGAUCCAUUUAUUUAAAAUGAGAUUAAUUCUACCUCUGAUCACCUGAAGUGCUGAAAUGAUUUGACUGAAUACGUAAAAAAAAACAAAAAAAAAAAAAAAAAACUGGAACGCAAAUAGUUGUUCUCCAGAGACUCAGUGAUUAUUCUUGUUAAAAAAUGUGAGAGGUUGUAAAUUAUUUUGUCCUGACUUUGAUAACUACUUAACUGUACAAGAGAAUGUCUUUCUGAUUAUUGUGGGUGUCCGCCUGUGAAGUUAUUGAUUUCUUUCAGCUUGAAAUCAUAUUCUGAAUGUUAUUGUAAUGUCCAAGGUCGCAGUCAAACAUCCAUUUCAAACAUUAAAGCUAUGUUGAUAACUGAGUCAGCUUGAUUAGUUGUUUGACACAAG